GAAAUCCGUGAAUAUAAAUAUCCUUGCGUUUGGUUCAGUUGCUCUGUGCAUCUUUCUUUCAAUUCUCAACUGUAUAUCAACACUAUAUAUUUCUCGUUGCAGCUUUCACGAAAAGCAAACGCAAACUAUAUUGAAUCCCGGCAAAAACAAAAAACAAAACAUAAAUUGAACUGCCUGCCGGAGAAAAUGCAAGCAUUAAGCAACUGUCAACGGCCGUUGCCGCCGUGUGAUUCGACGACAAGGCUGCCGGCCACCACCAUUUUCAGCCGACGAAGCUACAGUUUUGCUCCUUCAUGUCGUGGCCGUAGGAAUCAGCUCAGAUGCUCCAGCUCAUUCCGAUCUCCUCUUACAUUUCAACCUCCUUCUCUAGAUAAGAACGAGGCAAAGUUUAUUGAAGCAUCUAAGAGCGGGAAUUUGAUUCCGUUACACAAGUGCAUCUUCUCCGAUCACUUGACUCCGGUACUUGCUUAUCGGUGUUUGGUCGGGGAAGACGAUCACGAUACUCCCAGCUUCCUCUUCGAGUCGGUUGAGCCCGGUUCACGAACCUCCACCGUGGGACGGUACAGCGUGGUGGGUGCUAAACCAGCAAUGGAAAUAGUGGCAAAGGAGAAUAAAGUGACAAUUAGGGAUCACGAUGACGGGAAGUUAACGGAGAUGGUGGUGGAGGAUCCAAUGACAGUUGCCAGGAGCAUCUCUGAAGAAUGGAAACCACAGUCCAUUGCUAACCUUCCUGAUGCUUUUUGCGGUGGAUGGGUGGGAUAUUUCUCGUAUGACACUGUUCGAUAUGUGGAAAAGAAGAAGCUGUCAUUUGCAAGUGCACCGCGAGAUGAUCGGAACCUUCCUGACAUUCACUUGGGACUCUAUGAAGACGUCAUCGUAUUUGACCAUGUAAAUAAGAAAGCAUUUAUUAUUCAUUGGGUGCGGUUGGAUCGUUACUCAUCUGCCUCCAAGGCUUAUCGCGAAGGAAUGAAAAGACUAGACGCGCUUGUGUCCAAAGUCCAAGACAUUAAUCCCCCAAGACUCACAGCAGCUUCCGUGGAUUUCGACACGAGUGAUUUCGGACCAUCACUGACCAAUGGUAGCAUGACAAGUGGCCAGUACAAGAAUGCUGUUUUGCAAGCCAAGGAACACAUUCUUGCGGGGGACAUUUUUCAGAUAGUUCUUAGUCAACGUUUUGAAAGAAGGACAUUUGCUGAUCCAUUUGAGGUUUAUAGGGCACUAAGAAUUGUGAAUCCAAGCCCAUACAUGACCUACAUGCAAGCUAGAGGGUGCACUUUGGUUGCUUCUAGCCCAGAAAUUUUAACAAGGGUCAAAAAGAAUAGAGUUACGAACCGACCAUUAGCGGGAACUGCUAAAAGAGGGAAGACUCACGAGGAGGAUAUGAUGUUAGAAAUGUUGUUGCUAAAUGAUGAAAAAGAAUGCGCGGAGCAUACCAUGCUUGUUGAUUUAGGAAGAAAUGAUGUUGGGAAGGUAUCAAAACCUGGUUCAGUAAAUGUUGAAAAGCUCAUGAGCAUUGAAAGAUAUUCACACGUAAUGCACAUAAGCUCAACAGUCACUGGGGAGUUACUUGAUCGUAUGACUUGUUGGGAUGCAUUGCGUGCUGCAUUGCCUGUUGGGACAGUUAGUGGAGCACCAAAGGUAAAAGCCAUGGAGCUAAUUGAUCAAUUGGAAGCAACAAGAAGAGGGCCUUAUAGCGGAGGAUUUGGAGGGAUUUCCUUCCUAGGAGAUAUGGACAUUGCACUGGCUCUAAGGACAAUGGUGUUUCUUAAAGGAGGGACCAACAAUGACACGUAUGGUCAUACAAGGGGGAGUCAAGAAUGGAUCGCUCAUCUCCAAUCUGGAGCUGGUAUAGUAGCGGAUAGCAAUCCUGAGACCGAGCAGAAAGAAUGCGAAAACAAGGUUGCCGGUCUUUGUCGUGCCAUUGACUUGGCCGAAUCGGCAUUCGUAAAGGCGAAACCAGAGCCGCUGCCACCAGUCCGUUUAUACACCCCGAUGAUGAGACACCGCGUGAAAACAACAUCAUAGCUUUGAUUAAAAACUGGCAAUUCUAGUUGUUUGUCCCUAUGUUUUAAUAGCUUCUUUAACACUUCUCUACGGUAAUAUAAGUAUCAUUUCUCUAUGCUUUUGUGCAGGUUAUUUUUAUGUCGAUAUCACAUGGGUCAACAUUUGGCCCUUUUAUACUUUAUUACUCUACAAAGCAAUAUAGGUCAUGUGAAAUGUAACAGUUCACCUUUGUAAAUUUAAAAUGUUAUGCUUUAUAGUGAUUUACCAUGUUUCUUUUGUGCGCAGUGUAUUACCAUAUAUGUUAACAUUAUUCAUUAUGUAUAAUACAAUAUGCCGGUUCU